AUGUCACCGGCAGCUUCGUUCGCGAAACGAUGGGCCCACGACAACCUCACCCGAGAGCCGACUCCCGACGAGCUCACCAUCUUGGAACUGUUCCCGGUUACGUGUGAGGGUGACGAGGAGGAGGCUGCGAAGAGGGCGCGGCGGUACUACAAAGCCAGGGGGCCGGGUGGACUAACGCAACUUUGGCACAAACGGCAUCCCGACGAUGAGGAUAUCUUGUCGAGCUGUCAAGACGCAUACAUUGUUCCAUUAAGAGUGAGGAGCGUCGGUGGUCGCCGUAUGACGUUGGUCCGCCUCCCAGCCCCCACAGCCCUGGACAGGCCGCUGUCAGCCCGAGCACUCCUCUCCCGGUGGCUGAUGAUCUUAGACAUCAGAUUACGAGAAGAUCCAACGCCAGGUGAGGAAGUAGUGUUCAUCGACGUUAGUGAUUUACAACCGUCGCAUCUGAAAAAUCACUUCAGGGGCAACUAUUGGAAGGAUUUUGUCUGGUGUAUGAAGACAGCUUAUCCGCUGCGAUUCGCCGAGGUGCACGUGAUCAACACGCAGCGCUUAAAGACCAUGUCCCUGCUGCUACUCCACCUCGGCCUGUACCCGUGGCGGCGUAAAGUCGUCCGUCUGCAUUCCAACUCGGAGCAGAUCAACCACAUAAUGGGCCUCGACUAUUUCCCGCCCGAGGGGCUGCCUCACGAAUACGGAGGCAAAGCGGGCGCUAUGAAGGACCUGAAUGACGAAUGGACGAAAAAGCUCCUGUCGAACUCGGACUGGCUUCAGCUGGAGGAGAGGAAGUACUACCAGACGGAACUGACGCCGGAAGUGAGACGGGGCAGGCAUCGCAGCGCCGUGAGGUCCAUCCGGGGGGCCAUAGGGUCCUACGACAUGACGAGGACCCACUCCUGCAGAUCGCUGCACAGGCACGACGACCUGGACGAGGGUGCCCAAGGUGCCUACAGAACUCUGAAAGUGAAAUCUGAUCGGAGCCUCUACGUG